CUCAGACGCACCAAUUUUAAAAGCGGCGUUGUUAUCCUCUGUGAGCUGUGUGAGGAGUUUUUUUUUAAAACACAGUUACUUUCGGUUUUACGCGAGCGUCUCGUGCUGUUUCCUCGGGGAAACAGUCAAAGUAGAGAGAAGAGAGAAGCGCGUGGCUGUAAUUACCUUCUCUAAUCAGCAGAAUUAACAGCAGGUGUGAAUUCAUGUCUGUAUUCUCCCCGCAGAUAUACUGGUGAGUACUCACAUCUUGUCGACUUUUGUGUCUUUGUCCCCGCCUAGUUGCUCGAUAAAAAGGUGAAUUAGAACCCACACAUUGGAUUAGUUAACUUCGCACCUGGCGUGUAGCAACAAUAAAGUCUGUAUAGUUGUGGUUUGUGUGAGCUUGGUGAUGCCCCCUUUGCUGCUACACCCACUUUUGUUUCCCUUUGAGAUUUUCUCUUCUGUGGGGUGUUGCCCCUGACACUGGAAAUGUCAUAUCACAGAAAUGGAAAGAGAGAGAAAAUUGUAGGUUACCUCUUAAAAAAAAAAAACACUCAAGGCAAAGUGUUGUCAUCCUCAAGCACACUUCAAAGGUCAUUGUGGUUGUAUGGUGUUUUCUUUUUCUAUUCAUGGAUAAAAUGCACUUAAAUAACCCCCCUGUUUAACCUAGAGGGCAUGAAAGAUCACUUUUCUGUAUUCACAGGCAUUUGGAUUGAACAUGACACUUUCAUCCUUUAGUGCUGCAGGUGCAACGCAGUUAGAGGAGAGAUGCACCCUGCUCAUAUCUAUUACUUCUAUCUAUUAUCAGGUUAUUUUCUCCUGCCAGUCAGCACCUGAACGUCUCCAUAUACAGGGAUGCUGAUUACAGUCUCAUUUACUGGAGUGUGUCUGCUCUUCUCUUAUCUGGCUUGUUUUCCUGUCUGUUAAGAGGAUAUGCAAGUAGCUUUUGGUGGAUUGUUUUGUGAGCUGUGUUGAAACCUCAGCAGACUUCUGGCUGUCUUUUUUUUUUACCAGGAAGUUAAGAGUCAACCUCUUUUACUGUAACCACACGUUGCUCACUUGCAUGUGUUCUUACUUACAUUAAGCGUUUACUUCUCUAAACAGAGCUUUUAUUACUUUUAAAUUACUAGCGUUUAAAAAUGGAAGGAAAGUUCAAAAGCUGUGUGCUGCAAAGUCUGCCAAAUCCUCUCCAAAUGUCUGCACAGUGGCUUUCUCUCCUUGUGAACAGGAAGACAUGAGAGUGAAACAGCUGAGGUGAAUAAGAUUGUCACUCCCAAUGCAUGAUGUGUUUACUGUGGCAUCCUGCAUCCAACCCAUUCACGCCAGCAGACUCCUUCAAGUGUUACUCAGUCUCCAAACCACCCACAUACCUGCAGAGCUGUGGAAAUCUUCGCCCCUGUUACCACACAGGCUCAGAUUUAUGAUGGUGGUAGUAAGAAGUGUGGGGUGGCAGCAGAAGGGGAAACAAUGUUGAUAAUGCAAGAUGCAAAUACCUCUCUUGUGCAAUGAGGUUGUAGCUUUGGGGGGGGACAGACAUGCAAGGAGCUGGCAUGUCCAUGACAGGUGGACAAACCUAGUGUCAUGCUUAGGUAAUAUCUCCAGGAAGUAUGGUCACUGAGUAAUGAGGUUGGGUAGAUGUUUGACACACCAAACUUGAAGAGUCUGCUUCUUCCACCGGUCAUCUGGCCUGUGUAUUUAACUGCACACAACCAGUGGUUUUAAUCCGCAGGGUUUAAAAUAGAAAUCCAACAGUGUGUUCAUUCUCUUUAUAUGGUAGUUGUUAGAGGUGGGGGGAUUCCAAAUAUGCACUGGAAAAGACUUUUGUGAUUAACUCUUGGCCAUGUCUUAUGCAAUUUUUUAGCUUUUAAAAAUAUUGCAUAAGCUCAGUCUUGUUGAACGAGAAUGAUUGUUUUCAGGAUUAAUUCAUCAGCUGACUCCGUUACUCAGCAUCUAAAAUGAUAUGUGAGGAGAAAUUUACAACUCAGAAUUUGCCACGAGGUCAAAAGCAAUCUUCACAGUUCACACAGUUAUUAUAUUUAAGAAGCUUGAACCAGUGACAUGUUAUUGGAACCUGUCCUGAGAGAUUACUGUUAAAUCUUCCAGAAUAAGUGGAUUGUUCGACAUAGUUUAGUCUGGAAGUCUGCAUCCAUGACAUGACCAACUGGUCUUGGUCCUGUGCUGACCUGGCUGGACAUGGCAUUAGGAAGCUGGCAGGACCAGGUGUGCAUUAUCUUGACUGGGUCAGGAGGUAAAGAGGUUAACCGGCAUCUGCUGCGCCGGCCUUUUACAUUACUUAGUGUCCUAAAUCAUGCAUCCUGUGUUGUUGACGUGACUAAUGUGUGCUUUUCCACACAGAGUCCGGUCAACAAGCUGGUCCAUGUCGAAUCUUGCGUAACAUGUGCACUGGUUGAUGACUUAUAGAACACUUAACACCCCCUCUCUAAUAAAGAGAGAGACACGGUGUCCACACUUGAGGCAGUAAUGGAUGUGACUGUGGUUGCUUUGUGUUUGUUUCCUCCCAGGUCGACUUGUUACUCCUGCGUCCCCACUUCCUCCUCAUUGUGCCCCUUUAUGUUUUAUUAGGCCGAUGUUCUGUUAUUCUUAGCCGAGCAGGAUGUUUAUACGAUCCCCGAACAGAAAUAUGACUGGCAAGGCUUGAGUGUUUAUCUUUUCUCCCCCCCCCCUCCCUCCCUCCCUCUCCUCUUCCUCCUUUCCCCUCCCUCUCUGCUCAGGUCGUCUCUGUCACCGUUCAUCCCUCCUUCCCCCUCCUCUGCUCACUUUUGCAUGCCUGCCUCACCCCUCUCACGGAUGAAAUGAGUUCAGGAGCACUCCCUGCUGACAUUAGUUUUUUUUUUUUUCCAUGUUAAACCUUGCGUAUCCUUCAAGGCUCCUGCUUUAUUUUUGGAUAUCCGGGUAUUGUUUUGAUUGAGUAUUGCCUGCUGUCUGUACGGUGCUUUUAAAGGUUAUGGUGAUUUAACCAAGGGCAUUACAAUCUUCAUUUUUGCGUUCAGCUAGUGGUUGAGCGUAUUUAAAGAUUUCCUGACAUAAAAUAAACCAAUUUGUCUGUCUGCUUUAGUUUUGGACAUGAUAAACAAACAAUGUUUAAGUCGCUGUUCUUCUAGUUAAUGGUCUUGUUUGCAUCCUUAAGGAGACAAAUGGAUGAACUGCAUCCUGUUUCAUAACCAGCUAAUAAAGGAGAGCUUAAAGGAUGAAUAUGUUCACUUUUCUUCUCCUAGAGUCUCCGUACAUGAGACCUGAAGUGUGUUAUGACUGAUGGUGCUUCAGGAAGCCGUGGAUGAACAAUGCGGAAGUCGAAAAAAGACCGACAGAAGAAUCUGAAAUCAUUGACUCCUUUCCUCACAGGGUCCUCGGUGUGGCUUAUUGUGUCCUUGUGGCAAAAUUGAAUAAGAGACUGUUACGCUCACUCACUGAAAAUUUGAGCAAACAAAUAUUUUUAACUGCUUAAAUGAAGGGUAGCAAAAAAGAAAAAAGCCUGGAGUUAGUCAAUUACAUAACAAUUACACAACAUUGCAAACAUUUGCCCUCAAACUACUUUUCAAACAUUCUCAAGAGAAGCUUUAGGGCGAAAAAAAGAAGUGGGUUUUCUGUCCACUUCAACGAAUUAAAACCUUUUUUUAUUUGCAUUUUACCCCUAAAUAGAAACCCUAAUGUGCUGUGAGACUAUCAGCAAAUUAUCACUAACAAACAUCCUUUUUUAGUUUUAUAAUUUAUUUGCCAGUAAACAUGCAGAAGUAGAGAUCUCUUCAUGGAGGGUAUUUUCAGUAUGCGCUCCGAAUGAGUCAUGAAAUGAGACGAGAAUAUUGGGCUGUGCUUUACUUAGAAAUUCCACAGCCGGUGUCAUGUUGUAAUGGCAGAUGAAGUAUUGUAGGUUUUGACAUGGUUUAUUUUUGAAAGGACUUCUGUUUGUGGAGCGUAUCAAACACCGAUGAUUCAGUUUCCACUUUGUUAUCUAAUAGACUUUGAUGCCUGGGUGUUUUUUUUUUUUUUUUUGGUAGCUGAAUAAGACUGUGGUGAAUGGUUGAAUUAAUUCUCUGGAAUACGUUUACAUAAUCAGCCCUUAUUUUAACAGUAUUUCAUUCACUACAACCGUAUAAUUUUCCACUGUUCUGCUGUGUCCAAAAAUAAACAUUUUAUUUAAGAUUCAAAGUAGGUCAAGCGAGGCCCACAACUGCAUCCAUUGAAAGGGAUAAUGUGAGGAUGUGAGCAAGUGUGGGCUCUGUUUUCUUUGUCCGGUAUAGCAGCGGCCACACAGACCACAAGCUUGCGGCCACUGACCACAAGGCAUCAGGCUUUAAAUAGAGAGCGUGAGAAGGCCGUUCUGCAUCUCAUCCCAGGACUGCGUCUAUGUCAGGCCUGGGACCUGCUUGAACUUUUUUUUUUCCUUUUUUUUUUUUUCUUUAAUCUUUUACUAUGACAACGCUGGAUAGUGAACACACCAAGCAUGGAUAAACAACCUCUUAUUAGUUUCGUCUAAAAUGGAAAGUUUUCGCCGAGCUUUGAUGAAACCGAGAGCAAAGAGUUCCACCAGAGUCAAAUACCACAGCACACCCCCAGUGCUCUCUCACAAUGACUGUGUUCUCUGGUCUGCACUGCAAGAGCACAUCAUCUGUAUUUAGACAUGGCCACCUUAUGCAAGCAGCAGCAGCAUGAGCCGUGCAGCUCUGCAGUGCAUUAGCACGGCACAGCAGAGCACUGGCUGGAUGUGAGGUUGUGCUGCGAUCAAGAAGUGCUGAGUUUAAGGAAACAUGCAGGUCAAACAACCUUGACUUUGAGAGAGUUUUAAUGUGUGGGUGUGUGUUUUUGGGUCAUUUGAGAGAUGUGGUGUUAACAGGUGUCACACUUUUGCCUACCUGCAAGAGACACUACAUCUUCAUAAAAGUUUUGAUAUCUAAAGCACAUCGCUGUUACCGUCACACAUUAUCUCAAAGAUUGUUUUCUCCACUCUUGCAGCCCAGUGUUUGUGCCCAGCCGAGAUAUGACUGAGGUGAUGAUCAAUAGCACCCCCAUGGAGGAUAUGAGGCUGAGCCCCAGCAAGGACAGGCUCUCCUUCCAGGUGAGACACUCACACAUAGUAAAACAACUCCACCGUCCCACUUCCCUGCACAGCACAUUUAUUUUAUAAGCAUUGCUGUUUAAUAGAAGCUCAUCUAUUAUUAUGACUUAGUUUGACGUCAAUGCAGGGUGGCUCGGCAGAUGCAAGUUGGGGGAUUUGAAAGAGACAGUCUGAUUCUAUCAGUUAAAAGCAUACAAAUGCAAAAAAAAAGUAAUUUUGGAUUUUUACUGGGUCAGAUGUGUAUUAUUAUUAUUGUUAUUGUUGUUGUUUUUAUUAUUGUUUUUAUUAUUAUUUUAUUUUUCAUUAUUUUUUAAAUUUUAUUAUUUAUAUAAUCUAAAAAUCAGUGUCUCUCUCUCUCUCUCUCUCUCUCUCUCUCUCUCUGUGAGUCAUCUAUUUUAGAGGGGUUAGACUACUAUCAUGAAGAAGCUAACAAAACAUAUCAACCAUAAAAUGACUCAAAGUUGAUUAUGAUUCUGGAUUAUCUUCAGAUUUAAAAUAUCAUCACCAAACUGCUCAUACUCAUCUGAAAUAAGCACCCUGAUAUAUCGCUAAGAGGCCAUAUGAGGUUACAGACACUCACAGCUUUGAACAUACCGAGGACAAAGAACAUGAAUGUCAAGUAUUUCUGCAGUGAGAUACAAAAAUAAACCCUCCAGAUUCAGGAGAGGAGUGAAGCAGCAAUCAGGUGCUUUUGACGUGGAGCUGCUAGCAGCUUUGUUUCAUUGUCAGCCCAACAGGCCUAUCUUGGAAACUCAACUACUUAAACACACAACUGCUGCUAUUUUAGUGAUGCAUGGAUGAGGUGUGAAAACAUGAACAAGGAACGCUAUUUUAACUCUGAACUCUCGGUUUUGUCAAUUUCAAUGGUAAUUUCAAAAUCUGGACAGGAAGUGGGCACUGUGGUUCAUAAAGCGGCAUCUUAGCAGGUGGACUAGAGUCUUGAAUAUCUCAUGGCUGGUCUCUGUUGGGAUACAUAACAUGGACUUUCUGUUAACACUUUCAUAAGUAUAACACAAGAGUGUCAACUGUGAGGAUGUAGACUGACCCAGAGGAAGAGCCUUCCUUCCUCCCGUCACAGUUCACACCACAGCUGUGAGUCUGUCUGAGAGGAUGAGAGAAGCGGAUGACGGGGGUGGAUUGGAGAAAAAGAGGAUGCUACUUUUCCACUGUUUUCAUCCUUACUCCGUAUUUCCUCAUCCUCGAGGUCUCUGCCACUUCUUAGAGAAUCUCUGUGUGUGAAGCAGUGAUGCUGCCUUCACUCACUUCCUCCAUGAUGUCUGGCACACAAAACGGAUAUAACCAAGGAGUGGAGACGGAUGAGCAAAUUCAUACUAACCCACUGUAUUAUUAUUCCAAUGUCAUGAUUCAGGCGUAUAGUAUGCGUCCUCCACACCCCCCAGAACAUCCCAAAAUAGCCGGCAUUGUGCCUGGGUGAUGAUGUGUCGUCGCUUCCUGCCACUGAAAGUGAAACAAGUUAUGACAUGUGUUAGUGAGGGGUCCAAAGGCAAGGUCAUUGGCCGCCUAACUCCCGUCGGUGCUGACGCACAGCAAGGAUUGGCAACGCGGGCCCGGAAAUGCAGAAACACACACACAGGCUUUAGACAUGUACGCAGACGAGCUCACGCACACAGUUACACACGUCUAAUCACACCUCUUGGCGUGUCUCUGUAAGCAGCUGUUUUCAGAGGAUGUAAAAGCCGCUGAUAGAAGCAUACAUGCUUUCAUAAGCUGACAAAUUCCCACAUUCGCUGGGCAUAUUUAUAGCUUUUUGUGUUUUUCCUCCCUUCUCAUCUGUCUCCUGUGGAAUUCACAGCGACUCGGACACAGCUGGAUCCCGUCUAUCUCUUUCCCCGUUCUUCCCGUCUCGGUCUCUCUCCUGCCUCAUCUAAUUCUUUCUUUCCACUCGGCUCCUUGCCCAGACAGCGACAUUGCCCUCCCCCCCCUUUGCUCUCUCGUCCAAUGUCUUAGAGUGAAAUAUGCAGGUCUAAAAAUAUUCAUCCACUUUAUCCAAACAACAGCAAAAAUGCUGUUCUUGGACCAGGAGUGGCAGGCUUUUUCCCCCUUGGGCCAUUUCUCUGGUUCCUAAGAACAGAGAGUCUGAGGUCGAUGUCCAAUCUUACCAGAACGGGGCACGCAUCUAAUCUUUCCUGUCAGAUCGUCUCUCAUGGCCCGUCACUUUAGAUCCUAAUAUUUGCAAGCAGCAUGCUGCGUUUACAAGGAAGCAUAUCAAUCUGGAUUUGCAGAUGACUCUGCUGAUUUCAUUAUCUUUCUCAAAUCGUUUCCUAUCUGCAGGGGAAUCUAAGUGUUCAGCUCUGUUUGUUCACUUUUAUAGGGAUGGAGUUUCUAUUUCUGCUCCGGCAAACCUUUCACCCUUGUUUCCAGAUAACUGUUGAUUCGAAAUGCCCUGAUUAUGCUCUUGUAUAAUCUUCCGAGUAGUGGGUGAGGCGGCGUCGGAUGAGUUGGUAAGCAGCUACUAGCUGCUUGGCACAAUGCCUUCCAAAGCAUUUAGAUUAAACAUGGUGCAGCAUUUACCGUAAGUCCCACUGGACAUGCCUCAUUUACCCAUACAGAGCCACUGAUGUAACUCCUGCUUGUGCAAUCAGUUUUUGGGUGAGCCCCCGACGUGGAAAGCUAGCUCUGCCGUUGGAGGAAUGUGGGCUGUGCCGGAGCAGGUACACCAGCGGGGCUUUAGGGAACAUUUCCUGUUGCAGUUGUUAGGAUUUCACAUCUCUAAAUGUUGUUGUUAAAAGACUGUCUCUAAGAUCAUUAAUGACAAAAAGCGAUAGCUCUCAAAAGUAGAAGUUGGUAGCUGUUGAAAUGUAGGGAUGAUUUGAUUCUGCUUAUCAAUUCAAUUCUUUAACGGUUCCCUUAUCAAUGCCUUUCUUUGAUUAAAAAAAAAAAGUAGACUAUAGGUUUUCAAUGUUGACUCAAAAUUUUAUUGAGUCUUUGAUAACAGAAAAAGAUUUCUGCCACCUUUUUGUGAGAGUCUGAAAGUAAUCAAACGAAAACUAUUUGUACAGCAUUUACUUUGUUGGUAUCAAGUCAGAUUAGGUUGACCAUACUCUGGAUCCCCAAAAAGAGGACACAGCUUGGAGUUGAGCGCAAAAUUUUGGUCGGGUUUUUUUUUUUUUUUUUGGUUGGGUCGAGUGUUUUUUACGAGCUUCAAACUCCGUAAGUCCACGCUACACAAACUCAAAACUUCCAUACAAAACUCGUCUCUGUUCAUGUUCGCGUAGACUGCCUCUUACAAGACCGUUUUCCAAAGCACCCGGUAGCAGUGUUGUUUUCGACGACGAUGACAUCAACGUCAACGAAAACUUUGCAGAAUAUAUGUUUAGCCUUUGACUGACAAAAUGCUCAUGUUCAUCGUCCACCACUAACGUUUUCGUCUGGUCUCGUCAACAUAAACACGCAUUCUUCUCGUCACAUUUUAGUCAUCCAAGACUUAUGUUUAGCUCGUCAACGUCACAUCUUUGUGGUGGGGAAAAAAAGGGGCGUUGACGAAAUAUUUUCAUCAACGUAACCAACUCUGCCCAGAAGAAAGGAAUCGUCAAGGGAAUCAUUAAAAUGAAAUGUAAAUGAUGUCGAUGGAUUGAACCAUUUGGAACCGGUUCUCGAUUCCCAUCCCUAUUAAAGUGGGAUUUAGUGUUUUGGUGGGCAUGUAAGUUUUACUACUCUACUGAGCUGUAGCUGUUGUUUGUCCAUCAGGAGUUAACCUGCUGUAUGUUGGUAGAAAUAUUGUUGGUUUUAGUUCAUGCGCUGGCACAGCUAGAAGACUCCUAACUGAGUCACAUUCUGGAUGAAUAACCAGAUUUUUAUCCCUCUCGUAUUUCUGCAGAUAUUCCCCGACCCCUCAGACUUCGACCGCUGCUGUAAGCUCAAAGACCGUCUGCCGUCCAUCGUGGUGGAGCCAACGGAGGGAGAAGUGGAGAGCGGAGAGCUUCGCUGGCCCCCAGAAGAGUUCCUGGUCAGCGAGGAAGAAGAGGAGGAAGAGGAUGAAGAGGACGAGCAGAAUAACGGCAGUAUCCCAAACGGACAGCCCAUGCAGAAUUCGCAACAUUAAGGGCCGUGUUGUAGCAUCCGCACCCUCUUGUUUCUUUCUGAUAGACUCUCUCUUUCUUCACACUGGUUCCACCACCGCUCCUCCAGCAGCAGACUCAGACAGCAGACACACAUUCAGUGUCUCGUGAUACCAUCUCAUGACACCAAAGCAUCACUCCCACAAAAGAAGCAAUACACACACACACAAAAAAGAAACACACCCUCACAUGGUGAAUUAUCCUCCCGGUCUGCAAACACACCGAGACCGACCUGAAAAGAACCGACACACACACACACACACACAAUCAUAACCUACACUUUCUUCUUACCAUGCCUGUCACCGUGUGUGUCUCAGCCCGGAUUGGAUGUCCUGUUGGAAAGCGGCAGCUCUGAGCUCCAUGGACAACUCUCACACUGCAGGGGGGGCUGCAGCUGCUCUGUGUUUUUUAAAUGGCUGGCAUCAUGACCCCAGAGACUGGCAUACAGAACUAUUGUGGUACCCGUGGGGAUUAUCGUCUUCAGUACACCGUCUGUACCUGUGUUCGGUUUCUGGAUUGAUAUGUUGACUAUUGUGAUUGCCACUGCUGUCCAUAGAUUCGUCCGUUUCUGAGAAGUGAAUGUUUUGUGAUUUGAGAAGUGGGUGUUUGUGUAAAAAUGUCACUGGGAUUUUUGGUUCCCCUUUACCAGAUUCGUCCAUGAUACUUUCAGCGAUCAAAUGUCAGACAAAAAGAGCAGAGAAGAAUCUAAACCAGCUCGCCCUGCCUUGCUAAUGUGAUCAAACUCAUUGUACAGUUACUUGUUAUGCACUUAGGGCAAAGUCAGAGUUAUGAUCCUUCCAUCGGCCUUCUGUCAAAAUGUACUCCGAUGACAAAAAAACGUCAAGUUUAUGUAAAGAAAGCACGUUAUUUUUGAAAGAGAUGAGGUGUUAAAAAUAAAAAAGUGUAAUAUUUGAUAAAGCAAAGUACAAACCCAGUGAAGGACGUGUAAAUACUUGUUCCCAAUGAGCCAAACCUGAGGCCUUGUAGUGUGCUGAUCUUGUUUGUACUCUGGGUUUGGUUUCCUGUUCAGAGAGACAAAGACUGAGAAUCGCUCCGAGCUAUAUGCACCUGAACCGAAAGUCAAUUGUCCUCUUAGUCUUCCUGUUCAUUUACUUUAUCUGUCUUUUAAAAACAGCCAUACAGUGAGGUUCAGGUCACAAAUAAGUCAACGCUGUAGGACAAGAGUUCACACAUACAAAAGGCAAUAUCUUUAAAGUGUAUUAAAAUCUUAAACAUGACAGAAUUAGUCCUGUAUUUGCCAAAUGUUGUACAUCUUCGCUCUCUAGUAGUAUCGUCUGUCUCUAAAUCUGUCUGUAUUGCAGUUUCUAAACUUGGUGUUCUUUUGUUCACUCUUUCAAUCACCACUUACUGUUUGUGGAGCAGUCAAUAUAAGUCAUUAGUGGAAAAGACGCAAUAUGAAACACUGUUGUACAAGCAUGACUGAGAAAUGUCUGUUGCUUUUUUGAUUCCUCGUUUGAGUGGCAUUAGGGCUGUGUACAGAACAUCUCUCUCUUUUCUCCUGUCUGUCACCUACAGGUCCCACAUUGUUUUUGUAAAGCUCAGGGAGAUUAGCCGCCAUCUUUUCUCUUUUUUUUUUUUUUUGUAUUUAGACCACUUUUCUCUGUGACAACUACAGAGGCUGUAAAUAAACAUUUGAAUUUGCUAUCCAACGACAUGA